AUGAAUUCGGUUAACUCUAUCCCUAUUCCAAACGAUGAACUAACACUGUGCCAAUUCAAAAAAGUGAUUGAGUCAAUAAAAAAUGAUCAAGGAAUUAUUACAUCAUUAGCCCAGAUGGCUGUAGGAAAUGUUAUUCAUGCAGAUUUAUAUGUUGAAAUAAUAUAUAGCGAGUAUAUAAACUCAAUAAAUUCAGAAAAAAGAUUAUGUUUAUUGUAUGUCAUUGAUAUGAUCGUAAAAAUUGAUGUUAAUAGAAUAUAUGUUAAUCUUUUUAUUCCAAACAUCACUAACAUUUUCAUUGAAACAUACAACUCAGCAAACGAAACGAUAAGAUUGGCUUUGUGGCAGUUAUACCUUACUUGGACAAAUGUGUUUCCCGCUCAAACUCUUAAUCAAAUUAGAACUGCUCUAACAAUGAUUUCUCAAGGUUACAGAAAUAGCCCUGCUUUUCAAGUCCGUUCUACACAAUUUCAACAGUCACAACCUACUGUUAUUCCUGUGUCAUACGACUCACAAGGAAUUAUUCCUAUCAAUGUCAACACACACGCAGAACCUUUACAAAAUGUUUCUUUUACUCCAGUUAGAAGAUAUAAACAACCAAAACAAUACAACUACAAUUCUCCUUUAACAACUCCAAGAAGAACACCAAAGAAACAAUCAAAACCUAAUUCACCAAUAAAUGUUUCAGUUGAUAUGUGCGAUAAUUCUUCGUUACCUCCUUCUACUGAUCCAGCUUAUAAAGAAACACCUCAUUCAAUAACAAACUCUUCUGUUUCUACAUCAGUUCCAGUUCAAAUAAUGUCACCAGCACCUACUUCUAUUCCUGUUGAUGUUCCGAUUCAAAUAUCUCCAAUGUAUUCACAAACAAACUCAGUUAUCACAGAGCCUGUUUCUACUAUUCACCAAACAACAACACCCACAACAUGUCCACCACAACAUGCUCUUGGAGAGGUUUGUCCAAUUUGUGGUGGAAGAUUUGUUGACAUGGAACGUCACACACAAUACCAUCAAGUUUUGAGUGCAUGUGGGGGUUUACAAUCAUCAAGACCAGAAGAAAAUUGGAAUAACCAAUCCUUCGUUCAACAAGAAGAUAAUUAUCAACAACCGUCAUGUGAUACUAAUUCUUAUGUUAAUCAGCCAUUAUUAUGUUCCAUUUGUAAUAAACCAUUGAUAGUAGUGCAAGGUCAAAACGGUGAAUUAUUAUUAAAAGAUGGUGCAAUUGAUAACCUUGGUCAAUUUGUUCACCAACAAUGCCUCUCAAACUCUUCAACAACAGCACAAGAAUUGUAA